AUCGUUAUCUCAAAUGUCACUUCCUGUCAAAAUUUCAUACAGCAAGAACAACCAUUAAUUUCCUUAUGUUUUUUAAUUAUUAACGAAAUAUGAACGAUGUGAACAAUUCGGAAAACCCAAACUCGGACGAAAACGAAUCGGAGGGAAAAAAUUCGGACGAAAUCGAUAGCGUUUUGGACGCGAAUGCGGCUACAGAUUGUUCAGAAAACGACGAGAGUGUUUCCACUACAGGCGAAUCCACGACAGAAGGCAGUUUGGCCGAGAAAUUAAGGGAAACCGUAACGUAUCAACAGAACAUUAUCGAACAGAACACGAAUAAAAUUAAAUCGUUGGAAGAGAAUUACUCGAAAUUACAACAAAUUACCAAAGAUUUGGAACUUAGAUUGGAUGUCGCUAAUAGAAAGAAAGAUGCUGCUCUCAAGGAGAAGGAAGCUAUGGUUGUUAGAUAUGCCGUCGCCGAGAAGAAUGUCCUCAAAGAGCAAAAACUCAAAGAAUCCGCGGAGAAAAAAGCAAAUGAAAAUACCAAAGAACUCGAGAUAUUGCAACACCGGAUACAAACUCUCAUAUCCGAAAAAUCCCGAAUCUGCCAAAUGUUGGACAACAAAAUAUACGAUAACAAACUGAUCCAACAGCAAUUGGAACAGAAAAACCACGAUUUACACGCGCUAGAAACCAAAUUGAAAUGGUCCCAAAACAACCUAAAAACCGAACUGGAAAACCACCGAGACACGCAAGCCAAACUAGAAUUACUGACCGGCAAAUACCAAGAAAUCUCCAACAACAUCGAUCAAAUCAAAAAAGACGCCGAAGAAUCCGUCAAAUCCUUCCAUGUAUCCGAAGACAACCGGGCGUUCGUCAUGGAACGACAACUCCAAGAACAACAAGCCUCCUUAAUCCUACUCAAGCACGAAAGAAAAGACAAAGAAGAACAACUAAACAUGCUACAAAGCGAGUUGGAAAGGCUACAAACGAAGCAAAAGGAAAUGCUGCACGAGAACAACUCCCUAUCGCUCAAAGUCCAACAGCUCGAGAAGGAUCGAUCGGAGAACGAACUGAAACUCAGCGAAUUAAGAGGAUGCGCCGACCAACAACGCCAAGACGUCGUCAAUCUCCAAACGAAAUCGGUCCAAUUGGAGCAGCUGAAGCUGCAAUUGAAGCACGAGCAAGACCAAUUAGCCGCCUCGAACGAGCAAAUGGCCCUGCUGAAGCAGCGGAACGCCGAACUGGAGUCCGACAUGGAAACGUGCAGGUCCCGCGAGGCCGAAUUGCUCCUGUUCACCCAACAACUGACCGAGAAAAACGUCCGAUUGCAAUCCGAAUUCACCUCGAUGGAGACGAGAGUGCAACAGCUGAGCUGCGAACAAACCCUCCUCAAGCGACAGAUCAAAGAACAGGAAAACAGAGCGAACUUGUUGAGUACAAAACUAAACGAAGAGCGACAGAAGUACAAAGAGGAAACCGAAGAUUUGGACAAGAAAUUGAAAGAAACCAGCAAAUUGUGCAAGGAAUUCAAGCAGGAGACGAUCGAUAGGAAAUCCGAAAACGCGUUGAUUAAAAGAAAAUUCGAUUUAUCGUUGCGGGAGGUGAACAAAGAGCUGCAACACUGUCACAAGAAACUGGAGAGUUUGGAUAAAUCGAGCACUAAUAGUUCGAAUUCUUCGCUAACAAACGACAGGCCUAAUGCGGAAAUCGAUCAGCAAACUUUGAUCGAGCAUAUUGUUAAAUUGCAGAAAAUCAGCGCUAAGAAAUCGGAGAAAAUCGAUUUCUUGGAGGAGCACGUCAAUUCGCUCGUCAUGGAAUUGCAGAAGAGAUCGAAAUUGGUGCAGAGCUACUUACCCAACGAGCAAAAGUCGAGCUCCGGUAAGAAAGACAGAAAAGACAGCCUCAAAGUCGGUUAAUUAUUAAUUCUAUAUAAUGUGUAUUUUAUUUUUAGUAUAUCUAUAUUUAUGACUGAGAAUGUGUACCUAAUGAAACGGGUAGUAAAUAAAGAGAAACGUGUUAUAUGUUCUUAAUGUUUGAUAUUUACCGAUCAAUUCCUAUUAAAUUUAUCUAGCAAACUGAUUAAUUUGUUGCUAGAAGAAAGCGAAUUUUUGCCCUUUCGUAUAAAUUUUGUACGAAUUUCCGUAUCGAUAACAGUAGGGUUGAGGUGGAGCAACAUUACAAUAGGCAUUACAAAAAAUUAAUUAACGAUUCCACUAAAAUGUAGACUAUCACGAUUAUGUAAUUUUUAUCUAAAAGCAAAGUAAACGAUUUCUUACCAGUUUCGAA